AUGACAAUCACCAAGAAUUUCAUUCUCCCAGGCUCGGUGCAAGAGCUUCCCGUUGGCCCAAACUCAAAAUUCUUUAUUGCCUUCGUCUCCUCAUCAGAUCCCAUCACCAAGCAGGCCUGGUGCCCAGACGUACGCGCCGCCCUGCCACAUAUCAACGAAGCUUUUGACACCGAGGAUGCCCCAGCUCUAGCUAUUGUUGAGGUGGGCCAGAAGCCUGAGUGGAAUAACCCACAAAAUGCCUAUAGGACAACUUGGAGCACCAAGAACAUUCCGGCCCUGGUCCGCUACGAGUAUGUCAAUGGAGAGGUAACUGAAACGAAGAGGCUAGUGGAGGGUGAAAUUCUGAAUAAGGAAAAACUUCAAGACUUCAUGAUUUGA